AUGGCUAAUGCACAGAAGACUUGGUUAAUUGUGGGUGCUUCUCGCGGCAUCGGUCACGAGUUCGUCAGACAACUGCUCGCGCGUGGCGACCGAGUUUACGCAACCAUUCGGGGCGAUACCACCUCGUAUUUUGCCGACCAGCGCCACGCGUGUAAGGCUUUCCACUGCGACGUCACGAGUGAAGAGAGUAUCAGUAGCUUCGUGUCCGACCUCGUCACCGUGAACCAACGUCAGGCCAUCGACUAUGUCGUCCUCAACGCCGGCGUGCUCAGAUACCCCAAUCGAGCAACAGAGCUCUCGUUUGCCGACUUCGCUUUCCACCUCCACACCAACACCAUCGGCCCCAUCAUCUGCGCCCAAAAGCUCCUCAACGCCGGCAUCCCCAUCGGCACCCUCGUCUUCAUCUCGAGCGACAGCGGGUCAGCGCAACGCUUCAACGAGUUUGAGGAUGGCUUCGCUGCGUAUGCCGCCAGCAAAGCAGCGCUCAAUCAAGCCCUGCGGCAUAUGGCGGCGGAACUGAAGCGGAAGGGCAAUACGACGACCACUGUCCUCGCCGUACACCCGGGCGAGGUGGCGACGGAUAUGGCCAAUCUUGACCUGGGAUGGGAUGUCGUUGGGCAGAUGUCGGUGGAGGAGAGCGUCGGUGCGUGUAUUGGAGUGGUGGAGAGCAAGACGCCGGCGGAUUCCGGGAGCUUUUGGCAAUGGGAUGGGCAGCGAUUUCCGUGGUGA